UUCACAAUCUCCACUAUUGUUAUUAUAAAAACCGCCGUCGAUAGGCCGGGUAAGCUCAGCCCCGGCGGCAGCUAGCGGUUGCGCAAUUUUUUCCCUUUAAAAAAACAAGGCAGGCGGCGGGCAGCUUUUGUUGACCGGAAAGCUCAGGGAUGAAAUACGUAUUGGUCACCGGAGGAGUGGUUAGCGGCCUCGGGAAAGGGGUCACUGCCAGCAGUAUUGGCCUCAUCCUUAAGGCUUGCGGCCUUCGUGUUACUUCCAUUAAAAUUGAUCCUUACUUGAAUACUGAUGCUGGAACUAUGUCUCCUUUUGAACAUGGAGAAGUGUUUGUCUUGGAUGAUGGAGGCGAGGUGGACCUAGAUCUAGGCAACUAUGAGCGUUUCCUAGAUAUCAAGCUGACACGUGAUAACAACAUAACUACUGGUAAAAUUUAUCAGUCUGUUAUUGAUAAGGAGAGAAGAGGAGAUUAUUUGGGAACUACUGUUCAGGUUGUCCCUCACAUUACAGAUGCCAUUCAAGAAUGGAUUGAACGUGUAGCUGCAAUUCCUGUUGAUGGUAAAGAGGGCCCAGCUGAUGUUUGUGUCAUAGAAUUGGGUGGAACAAUAGGGGACAUUGAAUCAAUGCCGUUCAUUGAGGCUUUAGGACAAUUCUCAUAUCGAGUUGGUGCUGGAAACUUUUGCCUGAUACAUGUCAGUCUUGUGCCAGUGCUUAAUGUUGUUGGCGAGCAGAAAACAAAACCAACUCAACAUAGUGUUAGGGGAUUGAGAAGCCUGGGGCUGACACCUAAUAUUUUAGCAUGCCGGAGCACAAAGGAGCUUGAUGAGAAUGUGAAGGAGAAGCUUUCUAGAUUUUGCCACGUUCCGAGUCAAAACAUUAUUACUCUAUAUGAUGUCUCGAACAUUUGGCACAUUCCAUUGCUUCUAAGAAACCAGAAGGCACAUGAGGCAAUGUUGAGGGUUUUGAACCUUAAAGGUGUUGCUAAGGAGCCUGACUUGAAGGAGUGGACAUCUAGGGCUAAACUCUCCGACAUGCUACAUGAGCCCGUAAGGGUUGCUAUGGUUGGAAAGUACACUGGCCUGUCAGAUUCUUAUCUCUCUGUCAUAAAGGCUCUUUUGCAUGCUUCUGUUGCCUGCCACAGGAAACUUUGUAUAGAUUGGGUUCCAUCCGGAGAUCUUGAAGAGAUUUCCAAAAAAGAGAAUAUUGAUAAUUAUAUGAAUGCCUGGAAGUUAUUGAAGGGAGCAGAUGCUGUACUUGUCCCAGGGGGGUUUGGUGACAGGGGGGUGGAGGGAAAAAUACUUGCUGCUAAGUAUGCCCGCGAAAAGAGGAUUCCUUACCUGGGAAUAUGUCUAGGAAUGCAAACUGCAGUGAUUGAGUUUGCGCGAUCUGUUCUUGGAAUCAAAGAUGCAAACAGUACCGAAUUCGACCCCAAUACAAAGAAUCCAUAUGUCAUCUUCAUGCCAGAGGGUUCAAAGACUCAUAUGGGAGGGACUAUGCGUUUAGGAUCUCGGAGGACAUAUUUUCAAGUUGAUGACUGCAGAUCUGCCAAAUUAUAUGGAAACAUGAAAUUUGUUGACGAAAGACAUCGCCACAGAUAUGAGGUAAACCCUGAAAUGGUAGAGGAGCUUCAAAGAGCCGGGCUGUGUUUUACAGGAAAAGAUGAAAGUGGUGAACGCAUGGAGAUUGUUGAACUGCUUGAACAUCCGUACUUUGUCGGGGUUCAAUUUCAUCCCGAGUUCAAAUCAAGACCUGGAAAACCUUCACCUCUCUUCCUAGGACUUAUAGCAGCAGCAUGUGGACAACUGGAAGGUCAUCUAAAGAAGGGCGUUUCGAAUGGGAUCAUAAACAAUGGGAACUUGACUCUGAAGCCGUUCCGAGCUAUAAACGGAGCGAAGCUACCCAAUGGAUCCUUUGAAGGCAUACAUUGCUGCAACGGUAAAGGAAUACGUGCUUGACCACAUGCUUCUAUUAUCCCUUCACUGCUUUUUUUUAAUUAGUUUCUUCACCGUCUUUUCCCUCCAUUUAUGUCGCGAUCUAGUGAACGCAUGUGGUUAUAACCCCCGCCCCCUCAGAGUGUGGGUAGUGUUGGAUUCCGGCCUUUUUUAGUCAUACGGAACAAAAACCCGCGGCGCCUAUCUGCUUGUUUUAUUAUAUAUGCAGUGGAAAAAGACUAGAGGGGAUGUGAUGGUUCUCUUAGGGCUUUCAAAUUUUUUUCUUCUUUUAAAUCCUAGGAUGGUUGCAUCUGAUUUAUGUAGCGUUUUGGUGUUGAUAUGGCAUGGAAUUGUUAAGAGAGGCCUUGAAUUGGCUGCCAGUUUGGUUUUAGUUGAUCAAGAGAUGUAAUGUUAUUGCUAUUUGAGUGCGAAGUAGUUUAUUGUGUGCUUCUUCGUCUAGCGCAAUCAAAUGUGUUUUUAUUAUCAUAAAUAAUGGAAGCUGAAUUAA